GGUUUUCCCGGUUGUAGGGCCUGGUAUUUUUUUCACUACAAGUUGUAUUGUGUUGAUAUGCGUCAAAACCCGGGCAUCAAACUUGACAUGGCCAAUUUCAUCAUGACACUGGUGCCUUUGAAAGUCCACAAGUUUGACGAUGAAUAUACCUUGUGAUGUGUCGAGGUUGAGGAUUACUUGCCGGCUGGCCCGAGCGUUGCCUUGAACCCCUACUCGAGACCCCAGAACGCGGCAACUCACCAAGACCACUCUAAGUCGUACAGAACAUUCAACCUUCAACCCUAGAAGGUCACUCUGAGACCUGAUCACGCUGUCGCGAUGGCUCCUGGCCAGAAACUGUACCCCAGGUCUACAGUGAAGAAGAUUGUCAAGGCCCAAUCAAAAUGCAAUGUUAGCAAGAAUGCUGAUGUCAUGAUCUUCCUCGAUUACGUUCUAUUCAUGCAAACGCUUGUCAAGGAGGCGGCCAUCGACUCGAAGCAAGCUGGCGAGAGAGGAAUUAGCGCCAAAAGUGUCAAAAAGGUGACAGCUGUAGGUCCCAUUCACAAAGCUUGUCCUUUGUUUACCACCAGCCCAGCAGCUGAAGCAGUGCGUGUAGGACACACUCGCCAAGUUCAAAGGUUGAGGACGAUCUUCUCGGUAUCAUGUUCCUACACUUGCCACGCCCCGAUGUCGACCGAAGCACUUAAGCGUAUGGGUUACCGGGGCACCUUGUGUGGAUCCAAAGUGCCUUGCGCAACUUGGAAGAUGCAACACCGCAGUGACAGGCAUCAGUGAGAUCCGCCACGCGGAUUGCACGUCUAAGAGUGGCAGAGACGGUUUAGACCAGCCAGAUAUGUUCGCCUGCGCAUAGAGCAUUGGAGUCGGGGCAUGUCUUCGAAAGGAUUACGAGAUCGGCCUGUUGGGUGAUAUGAUGCAAUCGCGGGUCGUGCGUAGACUAGAGCUUGAGCUAUCGCGUGAGGUCGCGAUGGAGGGGUAGUUCUGAAGAAGCCAUACAACAUGGGAUUCUAUCACACGCUAGGAAGUUACAAAGUAGAUGGGUUUUACUGAAUUUUUCAACUGAACAGAAGGAGCUCUUGCGUACUACAGACUGCUUUUGUAAAAAUAGGUCCAGUGACCUCUUGUUAUCUCUGUAAGUAGAUUGCCAAGAAACAGAAUUCCUCCAGGUUCCCCAGGUUUCGCGGGCGGGCAGCAAGGCCCGGGCUCUUGCACAAAGGGGAUACGUAGAAAAAAUUCCGAGAGCGUUUCC